AUGGGUAGGCAAAGCCAUGAUCAUGAUCAUGACCAUGACCACGACCCUACUGUCUUUCACUCCUCCAUUGCUCUUCUACAAGAGAGGUUUCGACAGCUUCAGAGAGUAAAAGAAAUGAGAGAGGAAAGGGAGCUUCAGAAAAUGCUCAAUGAACCUAAGCAAUUCAAUUCCAAUACUACAAUGAGUUAUGAACCAACAAGGCUUCUUUCAAACCCUGAAUUGACCAAGCCAUCAAGGUCGCCACCCCAUGUUUCUCUUUCUCUUUGGCCAACAUCACAGGUCAAGCAAGAAGACUAUACAAGUGUUCAAACCCCGGUUUCAUUGAACCUAUGCCCCACAGAUUAUAAUAAUUAUGCACAUUCACAGUCCCUUCAGGUUUCAUGGAAGAACGUCUAUGAUUGUGACUCUGGCUCUGAUUCUGGUGUUGACACUUCUCUUCACCUUUGA